AUGGCCAUAACAGAAUCCCUUGCGCCGAGUGGCGUUAUAGACGAGAGAGGAAAUACUCUUAUCUUUGUCGCUCUCCUUUCACGCCAGUUUGACAUGGUCCAGGAACUGCUUCAUAUGGGCUGCACUAUCGAUCAACAGACCGCUGGACUAGCCCGAGAGAUUCUUGAAUCACGAUAUGACCGUCAGAAUUGGCCCGAAAAGUAUCUCCGAAUCUUAUGCACUCUAAGCGAUGAUGGUGGUAAAUCGUUCCUGAAGCCAUCCGAUUCAACACCCCUUCACGCUGCAGCUAAAGGGCUUCUGGAUAUGGAAUCAAAUGGAGUGGUUGAAAAUGACUAUCUUGAUUCAAAAGACGAUAAUGGCAAGACUACAUCGCAUUGGGCAUGUGAAGCAGACAACAUCACAGCAACCAACUAUCUUCUUCGCUCUGGAGCGAGUAUCAACGUCAAAGAUAAGGACGGAGUCACCCCUCUGAUGGUAGCCGCGAGUCGAAGCAGUGUGCAGUGCACUCGAGCACUGCUUGAAUACAAUGAAUGCAGUGUUCAAGCUGCCAACAAGCAAGGGAGGUCUGCUCUCCAUUUCGCAGCAUUGUCGUCACAGGUCAAUGGCCACCACAUCAUUAGGCUUCUCCUGGAUCAGGGUGCAGAUCCAAACUCAACAACGGCAGGCGGUGAAACGCCACUACUUGAGAUAGCUACAUCCUAUACCUCUUCUCUAUCAGUUGAAGAGAUACAAAAACACAUACAAGCGCUGAUAAACGAUGGGGCUAAACUAGAUGCUUCUGACAAGUGGAACUAUACCCCAGCACUGCAGGCUGCAGCAGAGAACAACCACACCGCCCUUGGCGUAUUGCUUAGUUUGGGUGCGCAUACCAACAAAUUUGAUUGUGACUUGCAAGGCUUUCUUCACAUUGCAGCCUUGUAUGGUGACAAAAGGACUAUUAACAGCCUCCGCGACGCAGAAAUUACGACUCUUGAUCGCUCGAGCGGAGAGAUGUCAGCGUGGUUAGCAGCGACAAGCAACGAAGAAAAACUACACUUCAAGCUGCUUCUCUCCGAGAUCAGCAAGCGAAACCUUGCUGUUGACAUCAGCUGCUGUAAAGCGGUCGCUGACGCACUUAAUCUUGGUCAAUACCAUCUGGCUAUCGGCCUACUUAAAGGGCUCAUCAACAAGUAUGCAGAUUGGAUCAAAGGGGAAGAGUUCGAGGUAUUUAGAGAAAUCAAGAUUGACAUUGAAAAUGGGAGGGUUGAAGCUGCGAUGACUUCGCUACUAAACACGUCUGUGGAGUGGACAGCACAGAUGGAUAGACUAAUCGUUUAA